CGAUUGUUGGGGCUGCCGGAAGUAGUUGUGUCCGGGCUCAGCGACAGCCGGCUGCUUCUAACAAAUAGUAUUAUAAAAUAUUUUGAAUAACCUGACUGAAGAGUUUCCUGCAGACCUGUAGAAUAAUACAUGUAGAGAAAUCCUACCAAUGAGAGAUCUCUGAAAGUGAAGGACAUGCUUUAUUCAAAAUUCUAGUGUGCUUAAUUUGGCUGGGUUGAACUGAGAAAGAAGCAACAUCGUGGGGAAAAAUAGGAGGCAGGAGUAUUAGUAGUCAUGUCAAACAAGGAAGUGAAAGCAGCAUUGAAAAGUGCCAGAGACGCAAUAAGAAAUAAAGAGUAUAAAGAAGCACUGAAACAUUGCAAGGCAGUAUUGAAACAAGAAAAAAACAAUUAUAAUGCUUGGGUAUUCAUUGGCCUGGCAGCUGCUGAAUUAGAACAACCCGAACAAGCCCAAGGUGCAUACAAGAAGGCUGCUGAACUUGAUCCUGGGCAGCUGCUGGCAUGGCAGGGCUUAGCAAAUUUGUAUGAAAAAAGGAACCAUACAGAUGUCAGAGAAGAUUGGAUUAAUGUUUACCAGAAACUGCUAGAACUCUAUGAAAACACUGAUCAACAGAAAUGGUGUGAAGUAUGUAAAAAGCUUGUGGAGCUGUAUCAUAAAGAUAAACAAUAUCUUCAGGUGGCUCGAAGUUGGCACAAACUAAUAAAAAUAAGAAGAGAAGGAGGUGCAGACAAUGCUGAACUUCAUCAACUUUGGAAGAGAUUAGUCCAGUUGCUAGAAGAGGGCAUACAUCUUAAAGAUAAUGAAAUAGAGCAAUUGUUCCUUAAUGCAUUUGAAGAGGCAGUCAAUUCUUUAGAACCAGUUCCAAGUGAAGAGCACAAAAAACUUUACAGAGAAUUCCUUCAGAGUUUGUCAAAAUUUCCUCAUGAGACUUCUAGAAUGAAGAAGGCCUGUAAAGAAAUGAUGAUUUUCUAUCCUGCUGCAAGUUAUCCCCUGGAAGUUCUUUGCUUACACUUCAUUCAGUCAGGUAGCUUGACUGAGGAGGCCCUCAGCUGUUGUCAGAAACUUUUGGAUAUUGAUUCAAGAAGUGGUCCAGCUCUUAUCAUUUUAGGGAUUCAGUCCCUCCAAGAAAGGAAUUACAAUGAGGCUGAAAAAAAGCUUACAGAAGGUUUGCAGCAGACCAGCCAGUGUCCAGUAGGAUGGUGUUACUUAGGGAAGGUGCAAAUGAAAAUGCAUAAAUACAAAGAAGCUGUUCAUUCUUGCAAUCAAGCUUUAAAGAUUCUAGAACAACUUAAUAACGCAAGUUUCAUUCAGCAACAGAAAAAUAUUGCCCACCAUUUCAGAGCAAAGGCCUUCAUUAAAAUUCCAAGUGCUAACUCUGCUGAUGAAGCCAUAUCUUCCCUCAAUCAGAUCUUGGAUAGAAACAAUGAUCCAAAACUUAUAGCUCUUAAAGGACAGGCCUAUCUAAAGAAAGACCUUACUGAUGAAGCUUUGAAGAUUGCACAAGAACUUAAGCUGGCACAUCCAGACCUGGCAGAAGCCCACUAUCUUGAAGGGUUGAUUCAUUAUAGGCAAAAGAAGUAUCAUCAGGCAGAAAUGAGUUUCCAAAGAGCUAUAGCAAAAGAAGCUGAAAAAGCUGAAUUCCAUUUCCGGCUGGGCCUCACUUACUGGUUUAUGAAUGAAGAGACAAGAAAAGAUAAAUCAAAAGCCCUCACUCAGUUUCUGAAGGCAGCAAAACUGGACAAUUUCCUGGGAGAUGCUUUCCAUUAUUUAGGUCAAUAUUACAGAGAUGUAGCUGGAGAUAAAAACAGAGCUCUUGGCUGCUAUAAAAAGGCUUUUGAAAGAGAUAAAACAGAUGGCGUUACUGGAGCAGCCGUAGUAGACUUGAGCACUGAGCUUGGAGACUUGGAAACUGCCCUUGCCAUCUUGACAGAGGUAACAGAACAAGCAAAUGCUGGGAGAGCAAAAUGGGCCUGGCUUCGCCGAGGACUUUAUUAUCUAAAAGUGGGACAACAUUCACAAGCAGUGGCGGAUUUGCAGGCAGCUCUGCGAGCAGAUCCAAAGGACCCCAAUUGUUGGGAAUCUCUAGGAGAGGCAUAUCUGAGUCGAGGAGGCUACACAACAGCACUGAAGUCAUUCCGAAAGGCAAGAGAACUCAACCCCAAGUCUAUAUAUAGUAUUUAUAAGGCUGCUGCAAUUGAGCAAAUUCUUGGAAAAUAUAAAGAGGCUAUUGCAGAAUAUCAGCAUAUUUUGGAGAAAUCAAAAGAUUAUGUCCCUGCACUGAAAGGUUUGGGAGAGUGUUAUCUCAUGAUGGCAAAGUCUGCUCUUGCUGACUAUCUGGAUGGGAAAGCUUUGGACUAUAUAGAACAGUCCCUUGAUUUUUUGGCACGGGCAGCAAAAUAUCGUCCAGAAAUAUCCUGCCUUUGGAAGUUGCUUGGAGAUGCCUGUAACUGUGUAUGUGUUAUUUCACCAUCCAAAGUGAAUGUGAAAGUUUUAGGAUUCCUUAUUGGUCAGAACAUGGAAAAAUGUGUGCUCCAAAAAAGUGAUCUGCUCAGUCUUGGGGGAAGAUGUUAUGGUAGAGGACUAAAACUGAUGUCUUCGCCAAAUACAUGGUAUGAUCUUGGAAUAAAUUAUUAUAAUCAAGUACAGCAUCUUGCAGCAAUGGGCAGUAACAAGAAUGAAAUCAGUGAACUUUUAGAGAGAUCCAUGCAGUGUCUGAAAAAAGCAGUGAGAUUAGACAGUAAAAACCAUCUCUACUGGAAUGCCCUUGGUGUGGUAGCCUGUUACAAAGGUGUUGGAAACUAUGCUCUUGCACAACAUGCAUUCAUUCAAUCUAUUCAAGCUGAUCAAAUUAACGUUGUUGCCUGGACCAAUCUGGGAGUUUUGUAUUUAACAAGUGGAAAAAUAGAGCAAGCACAUGAAGCUUUCAAAGUAGCCCAAUCUCUGGAACCCUCCCAUCUAACCUGUUGGAUUGGGCAGGCCCUUGUUGCAGAAACUGUAGGGAGCUAUGAAACAAUGGAUCUAUUCAGGCACACCACUGAACUCAGCAUGCAUACGGAAGGUGCAAAAGGCUAUGCCUACUGGGUGUGCUCAACCUUGCAAGAUAAAACGAACAGGAAUACUGAACUGUAUAAGUACAACAUCCUUCAGAUGAAUGCUAUUCCAACAGCACAAGUUGCUAUGACCAAAUAUACAGAAAGAAUCCAAAAUGAUGCAUGUGCUUUCACAAUGCUUGGUUAUUUGAAUGAAUAUCUUCAGCUGAAAAAACAGGCAACAGAUGCAUACCAAAGGGCAGUUCUAUUGCUGUCGAAUUCUGAUGAUAGAGAGAGAUAUAAUGUAGUAAUGAGAAAUUAUGGAAGAUCACUCUGUGCUCUUGGCCAGUGUGAUGAUGCCAUCAAGGCUUAUUUGGCGACUCAUUUGAUAGAAUUUGAUGAUAUUGUAGGAAUUGCUCUGGCUUACUUCAAGAAAGGACAUUUCCAAGAAAGUCAGAAGGCUUAUGAGAAAGCACUUGCUAUUGCGGAGUAUGAGCAAGAUAAAGCAUAUAUAUUAACAGCCCUUGCAAUAAUAGAAUAUAAACAAAAUCGAAUGGAUGCUGCAAAGACCCUCUUAUUUAAAUGUUCUAUAUUACAGGAACCUAAUAUGGAAAGUCUGCAAGCUUUAUGCAGUUUAGGGCUGAUCAAGCAGGAUUCUACACUUGCAACAGCAGCACUUAAAGAACUAUUAAAGCACACAGGAAAAAAAGAUAAUGUUUAUAAGAGGUGCCUUCUUAUAUCUGCUGUCUAUGCAUUACAAGGCAGAAAUCUGGCUGUUCAGAGACAAGUUUCUAAAGCUGUCCACAGCAACCCAGAUAAUCCUGCCCUCUGGUCCCUGCUGUCACGACUGGUCCCUCGGUAUGUGCCACAAAAUGCCAAGGGUGGGGCUGUGGCAGCAAGUGUUGCUUGUAUUCUUGAUCUAAAUCAUGGGAAGAAAGCCUUGCUGAAUACUGCAGUUAAUCAGCUGGCCAUAGGAUGUCACAAAGCUGAAAAUAAAAAGAAUAUUCAAAAGGCAAUUCAUCUUUCUCCAGAUGAUCCUGCAGCUUGGGCAGUACUCCUGGCUGCUUGCCAUGCAGAAAACACAGUUGUUCAUCUGCAUAAUAAGCAGCCGAAGCAGACACAUUUGGAAAAAAUGAUUGUCACCACAAUCUCAGCUAAGACGAAAGAAAAGGAUCUUCCAGUUUCCAAAGCUCAAGAAAUUGAAGAGUGGUCUCUUUUCCAAGCUAUUACUGGUUUAAAUGAGGCAGGUAGAACUUCAGAAGCUGAGGCUUUCUGUGAAAAGGGAUUAAACAUUUUUCCUGAGCAGCCAGUGUGGUACCUGCUCCUAAGGCAAGUUCAAUGCAAACCACUUUUGCAGUCUCACAAAGAGCUUCCUGAUGCCAUCUUGGAAGAGCUCCGAAAGGCAGUUCUCUCCAACUCUACAUUGAUUACAGCUUGGCAUUGGUUGGCACAAGUCUAUCAGUCACAGGGAAUGAUGGUUGCUGCAGAGAUGUGUUACCGAAAAAGUCUAAAGUUGGCAUCCCAGCAAGGCAACUUGAGUGGGAAACUCUCUAGUCUUCUAAGACUUGCUAAACUUGCCCUGGAAAUCUGUAUGGCCAAUGUUUCAAAUGAUCACUGGCCAUCUCUAGUUCAAGAAGCCACAACAGAAGCUAUGAAAAUUUCCUUCUGCCCACUGGGUGUUCUAUUUCAAGCACUUAUGCAGUACAAUCGUAAAAUGGGUUCACGAGAAACACGUCGUAUGUUAGAGAGAGUGGUAUAUCAUUCUGGAUUUCCAGAAACUGUAGCAUCAGUUGCCCGAUGGUAUCUCUUAAGACAUUUAUAUGCCAAAGAUGAUUGUGAAUUAAUAGAUGCUCUUAUAGCAAAUGCCAGAGCUAAUGGAGAUACUCGAGUUUUGGAAUUAGACAAGAAACUCUCAGCAGCAGCCUCCUAGCACCAACAUUAGUGAGGGAUCAGAAUAACUUUGGAGGCCUUUGGAAACAUCAUCUUCGUGAUAAAUGCCUUGACUUUAAAUCAGAAGUGCUAACAGUUCAAUUUGUAUUAAAAGGAACCAGUUAUUAAACAACCCAAUUGAAAUUCAGUUGAAGUUUACUUAAUCUGUGCUCCUUCUGAGAAAUUCCAGUGUAUCCUAGUGGCCUUGGAAAGCACAAAGGUUUGACCUCUGCUCUAGUGCAGAGUAAGUAUGACAGAUUUCUGUCUUUGAAAUGGAGCCUUAUAAUACAUCCAUGUGCUAAAUAAACUUUGGGCAAUGUCUGUCUUCAUAGCCUGCUAAGACUGCGCUGUUUCUGUCCAUGUCCAUUUUUAUUACCAUUUAGCAGUAUAUCUUUCUGCAGCUUCUCCAGCAAAAUAAAUAACCUUUUAACUUGGUGGGUGAUGAAGCAAUAAAACAUGUUGAAACAUUGUAUACAAAAUGUUUACAUCUUACUCUGCAUGCACAGACUUUUAAUUCAGAACCCUAUGAUUUUAACCAAACAUCUAUUUUCUUUCUGGCUAUAUUUAAUGUUAUGUGUCAAGGCUGUCUUUCACAGCAUAGUUGCAUCAAGCCUUUGAUUUCUGACAGAUGAUGGGCAGAGGGUAACUGAGAAAAAUAGAUUUUCAGUUCUCUUGUGUUCUUCAUUACCUUCACAAGAGUACAUUUUGGAAGUAAAUAUUUUUAGUUUAAAUUAGAUUCGAGGAUGACAUGAGGCUAGUCGAUGUUCCUCAUGCAUCAACUUCAAGAGUUUUCAGAAUACAUUACCUUGGAAUACAGCAUGGAAUAGGUGGCAAAUAUAAAGUAGAACAUGCUAUAUGUUAUUUCAUGAUUCUUUUCUUAAGCUGUUUUUAAUAUGUAAAUGUUGAGGCUAUAAUUUGGAGCCAAAGGGUGGAGAGGGGUUGUAUUUUUUAAUUUCAAGCCAUUUCUGUUAUUUAAAAUUCUUUUUUACACCGCACCACCCCCUAUCUCUCUUACCUACAAGCAAGAUUAAAUAGAAGGACAAGUUUGGGGCAGAAAUGUGCCAGAAAAGAGGAUUAAAAAAUGUUCCUUCUACAUUAAAUUCCAAUUUUCAGUUCAUUAAAUUUAAUUUAUUAUGUUUACAUGCUGCCUGUCUCCCAGUAAUUCUGGGAGGGAUAGUAAGAAAAAUCUGAGAACUAGCACUCCCUUUGACUGGAUCGCUCGUAUUUAACCCCUCUUAAGAAUUCUUCACACAAAUGCAUUAAGCUCUAAUUGUUUUGCUUUGUAAUGUAGGUUUUUAUUGUUAAUGACAAUCAGUUUGCUUGUCAUUAAAGUGAAAUUAUAUUUGUUGUGCUGUUAAUCAUUAGAUUAGAUAAUUACAGUAACUCUACAUUUCAGUGUCUAAAAGAAUAGACAGUUUCUUUAGAGAAAUAGUUCUUGAUUUCGGAUAUUCAUACUCAACACUGCCCUUAUAAGCAUCAGUUGUGGAACCCACUUCUGAUGUAUGAGGACUGACAGUAUGAUUUAGUCUGCAUUUUAUGAAAACUGAUCUAGCCAUGUUGGAUAAUUCAAGGAAAUACAUGAGAAUAGAUUUUAGCAAGAUUUUUUACUGCUUAUGGUAAAAACUUUUCCUACUCUUGCUGCCUAGCUAGUCCCUGGUCCUUUUGAACUAUGCUCCCCCACCCCUUCCUUGGCGGUCAGAUUUGGGAAGGUAAAAAGCAAUAAAGGAAACCAUCUGCCAUUGUAUUAGAAUAAUUCUAUAUAUUUUAAGGUCAGUGUUUAGUAAUCGUAUAAACCCUAUGCUAGAAAAGGGUUUAUACGAUUACUGUUAUCUAGCCUAUAAACUUAAGACACUUCAUCAAGUUUCAGUGCUAUACAGAAGCAAACAUAAUCCCCAAAUGAUGGGACUGAAGAAGAGAAAGGUAAUUAAUUUCCUCAGUGCUUUACAACCUGAGGACAUUACUAAUGGAAGCGUGUUAAAGAAUGGCUCUCUCUUAGGUUGUUGGCCCCAAUUCAUCCUCCACUCUAAAUAAUCCCUUUUUAAAAACUGAUGGAACCUCGUAAUUGAUGCUAAGAUAUUUUUUCUUCAGAGAAUGAUUUGAAGUGCGGCAAUGAAGUUUUUUUCAGGAAGCAAAAAUGUUAUGCCGCUAAUCACCUUUGCAGCAUUCAGCCACUUGAUUUCAGUCUUAUAGAAUACUGCAAAACAAGUUCCAUUUGAAUUUUUAAGAAUAUUUGUAAGAAUAAAUUGUGUCUGCCAUCUCAUUGUUAGAAAAUGUAUAGGAAGUUGGUCAAGGAGGGGCACGUUGCUUUAUCUUUUUUUUUUUCUAGUUCCAUAGCUAUCUUGACAAAAAGAUCUUUUGACGUCUUAAAUGUCUAACAAAUUUAAGUAGUUUUACGAGACUUGCAUGUCUGUUCCUCUGAAUAUAUCUAGGCAUAUGGCUACAUCUUUGCAAACUUCGCCUUUUCCUUCUUACAUAUGAAUUGCAGAAUUAAAAACAAAGUGAAAAACAAAUUGGUAACUAGAAUACUGCAUGUAAAAGUAAUCAUUUGAAUUUGCAGGACUAUGAAAAUUGUAAAAGUUAUUUUUUCAUAAAAUUAGACAAAUAUUUUAGGAAAAGUAUUUUUCUUUUUCAUAACUGAUAACAAAAUUACAUCAUGAGCUAGUAAGAUUGUUUUAGCUUCUCUGUGAGGGCAGGAAAAAUGCUUGUAGUUUGAAAACUUCAGGUUAUAAGUGUGAAUAUUUGGUUGUAAUAGUUUAUCAAAAUAAAUCAAGUAAUGGCUUAUUCAACAA